CGUUCAGAAGCGGAAGCGAGCUGGAGGAGGAGCUCGAGUGUGUUCACGUCGCUCGCUGCUCGGGCUCCGGGUUCGCAGCCGUCGCUAAGCCGGACUUUCCGCACCGGAUCACGUCACGGGGUCGGACUCCCUCCCCAGGAAACACCUUUGAUCAAGGCUGACAAAACUCCCGAAUGAUGUGAACGUUUGGGAUUCGGGAGCCGGGACGUGCGGCUGGUCCGAUGAAAGUGGCGCGGUGUAAACCUAUCGUCUUAUCCUAACGACGACUCUUCAGACUUCAGCUACAGUGCUAGCUAAGUCUGAAAACACAAACAGCAAAACACUGGCGGAGCUUCAUUUUUGAGACUUCUUUUUGUUCAGGGACAAUUUUCGACGUUUUAGUGAAAACAAUUAAACAAUUUACAGUAGCAAAUUAACGGAAAAUAACCUGUCAGGGAAAAAUAAAACUACGUUCAAACAUGGGAAAAGGGUCGAGGAAGAAGGGGUGCUGUGCCUCUUUUGUUGGUUACUUCAAGACCACCGGAUUUCUUAUUUAUCUGUGUCACGGACUGUCUUCAUGGGGAGAUCGAAUGUGGCACUUUGCUGUGGCAGUGUUCCUGGUGGAACUUUACGGCAACAGUCUGCUUCUGACCGCGGUGUAUGGUUUGGUCGUGGCUGGGUCAGUCCUGUUGCUGGGAGCUAUCAUUGGCGAUUGGGUGGACAAAACGUCCAGACUUAAAGUUGUCCAAAUAUCCUUGAUUGUUCAGAAUGUCUCCGUCAUCAUUUGUGGCAUCAUCCUGAUGAUGGUCUUUCUGUUUAAACCUUCUCUUGUCACCAUGUUCCAAGGAUGGCUACUCACUGUCUGCUACAUUUUGGUUAUUACUGUCGGUAACAUUGCAAAUCUGGCGAGCACAGCCAUGGGAAUCACAAUUCAGAGAGAUUGGAUUGUUGUUGUUGCAGGAGAAGACAGAAGUAAAUUGGCAGAUAUGAAUGCUACAGUUCGCCGAAUUGAUCAGGUGACAAAUAUUUUGGCUCCAAUGGCAGUCGGGCAAAUAAUGACAUUUGGCUCAACGGUGAUUGGCUGUGGCUUCAUUUCUAGUUGGAAUCUGUUCUCGAUGUGCUUCGAAUAUUAUCUGCUGUGGAAAAUUUACCAAAGAACACCUGCACUGGCCAUCAAAGCAAGUCAGAAGGUAGAUGAACAAGAGUUGAAGCCACUGAACAAACAAAAAGAUACUGAGUCUGGCCAAACAAAGUCUGGCGAUGAAACAGGAUCAGGCCAUCCAGCUGAAGAUGCUCAUCGGGUAAACAUAAAUGCAUCGAAAGAAGAAGAAAAACGUUGUGGUGCCAAAAUUCUUGAGCCUUUUUAUACAUUACGGGAUGGGUGGGUAGCUUAUUACAAGCAGCCAAUAUUCUGGGCUGGCAUGGGCCUGGCCUUCCUCUACAUGACAGUCCUGGGCUUUGACUGUAUUACAACAGGAUAUGCUUACACCCAGGGUUUGAGUGGAUUCAUCCUGAGCUUGCUGAUGGGGGCCUCCGCCGUUGCUGGAAUUCUGGGCACCAUCGCCUUUGUAUGGAUACGCCGGAAGUGCGGCCUGAUCAGGGCAGGCUUCAUUUCUGGUGUGACUCAGUUUGCAUGCCUGAUUUUGUGUGUGAUUUCUGUGUUCAUGCCUGGAAGUCCUUUGGAUUUGUCCGUGUCACCUUUUACGGAGUUCACCAACAGAAACCUGGAUCCGAAGGCCUGGACGGAAGCAGUUGGACCAACAUUACAACCACAGCUAAGCACUACAAUCGGGUACAACUACUCAACGACUGAAUCUCCAAGCACUGAAGAAUUUGAACCAGAAUCUUACAUCUCAGUUAGCUUGCUCUUUGCUGGUAUCAUCGCUGCAAGAGUUGGUCUCUGGUCCUUUGAUUUAACAGUAACACAACUCAUUCAAGAAAAUGUGGAUGAAUCAGAACGUGGCAAGAUUAAUGGUGUGCAGAAUUCCAUGAAUUAUCUUCUUGAUUUAUUACAUUUCAUCAUGGUCAUAUUAGCUCCAAAUCCAGAAGCAUUUGGUCUUCUUGUAAUCAUUUCAACCUCUUUUGUUGCUAUGGGGCAUUUGAUGUAUUUCAUGUAUGCUUACAAAUCACUGGGAAGCCAACUCUUUGUCUGUAGCUCCAAAGACACAGCAACUCAGGACAACAAUCCUCAAAUAACUGAUUGUGUAGUAGUCAGCACAAGUAAUGACUAAAGAGAUAAUAUCAUUUGUUCUGACCUAGAGCUUACAUUUUAAAGAUACUUACUUUUCAAGUAGCUUAAACAUCUCAAUUAGUACUAUUAUACAGAAGCCUUAUUAAGCCAGAUUUUCUUAGUCGCUACAUAUUUUUUUCUUCUGCUUCAUACUAAAUAUUAAAAUGUUGUAUGUAUGGCUCAAAUAGAUAUCGCCAAGUGAAUGAUUCAAAACUAUUGAAGUCAUUUGCCAUUUCCGUAGGAAGCAGUUGACUAAUAAAUACAGUAUAGCAUUAUCUGUUGGGGAAUGUAUGCAUUUUACGUAGUGCAGUGGCUGAUAUUGGCUUGGUCAGAGAAAAGUAAUAAAAAGGUUCUUAGUAAAAAAGCUGAAUGUAUUGUACACGUUACCAUAAGAGAUGUCAAUUGAAUUAACAUUUAAAUGUAGUUUUAUUGAGAUAGCUACUAACAAGUAUUAUUAUCAUUUAUAGGCUCCAGAAUGGUAUAUAAUUGAUUUUCACUAAAAUAUUGUAUCUUCCUUGCUGCUAAUAUCAUCAAGGGAACUGUUUGCCAAUCUGCCAAUAACAUUUUUCAAACGUAUGUGGGUUAUAUAUGACAUCUGGAGUAAAGGGAUUAAUAUUUUCAACUAAAUGGUGCCUUGACGUUAAAAAUGUGAAAUGCUGAAAUAACUACUUAAUACCACACUGUACACAAAAACACUGCAGCGAGUUUCCGAGUAUGCAGGAAAUGGGAGUAUUAAUAUUUGCCAACAAAAUCUGUAGGCCAGAAAAUGUGCUUAACACCACAGAUCUUUGCUUGAUUAAUUAUAAGGGUGGAAAUGAUCAAUUCUUGUGGUUUCAAGAGAUAUUCUAUUCCAUACAUUAGGAUCUCCUUGUGACAUAGUCAUUCAUAUUAAACUCACUGGCACAACUGGAAAAUAGAUACUUUUUUAUUUGGAAAAUUCUUAAUCUUACAUGGCCUUGUGGAACCUGGUUUUUUUGAGAUGGGAUGCUGGAAAUGUUUUUCCACAUUACAUUACAUUCAAAGGGAUGCCCUCUAGUUAUUCAUAUAGAAUCAUUAAGAUACUUGCCAAGUAUUUGCAAGUAGUGUUCUUAAUAAUAUUUUCCUCUUAAUUGUGGAAUAGGAUACAUGGCAUUUGUCCCUAGCACAUUAUCCAAUACACAAGUUCAAGUUCUGGUUGAAGUGACCAGAAGUAGGGGGAUAAUGAGUAAAGUUUUCCUUGUUUGAAGGUGGACAUUGUAACAUCUAUGCAGUCCAAUCCAUGAUUAGAUUAAUGAGAAGGGCAUCAAGUCUGUGUUGCAUUGCAAAUGAAAAUAUAACAAUUGCAACUGUAAUUUUAUGCAAAACCAUGAGAAAUUAAUCAUAGCCAAUGGAUAUGGAUCCUUAAAAUUUCUAAUUUUUAUUAUAACUAUAGCUUUAGAAGAUCUUUAUGGUCAAUAUUUAUGUUAUAUUAGAGACUGAAGUAGAAUUUCUGGAUUCAUCAGAAGAUAUGAUAACCAUUGUUUUAAAAUCCAUUUGUAAUUCUUUUAUCAGCCUGGCUGAAGCAUAUGACAAUAAACACUCCGAAGUCUUGAAAACAUUGCUAAAUAAAAUGUUGCUAAAAUAA